CCGCCGGGAGUGUGUCGCUAGGCGUCGCUGCCGUAAAUCGCGCAGGCGGUUUGCCGUAUCACGGAAGAUGGCGGCCGCGACGGUGAAUGGGGCGGCGGGCCUCUCGAGUUCGGGGCCCGUGGCGGCUUCCGGCGCGGUACUGCAGGCCGCGGCUGGGAUGUACGAGCAGCUCAAGGGCGAGUGGAACCGUAAAAGCCCCAACCUUAGCAAGUGCGGGGAAGAGCUGGGCCGCCUCAAGCUAGUACUACUGGAGCUCAACUUCCUGCCGACAACAGGGACCAAGCUGACCAAACAGCAACUCAUUCUGGCCCGUGACAUAUUGGAGAUCGGAGCGCAGUGGAGCAUUCUUCGCAAAGACAUCCCCUCCUUUGAGCGCUACAUGGCCCAGCUCAAAUGCUACUAUUUUGAUUACAAAGAACAGCUCCCUGAGUCGGCCUAUAUGCACCAGCUCUUGGGUCUCAACCUCCUCUUCCUGCUGUCCCAGAACCGGGUGGCUGAGUUCCACACAGAGUUGGAGCGACUGCCUGCCAAGGACAUCCAGACCAAUGUCUACAUCAAGCACCCUGUGUCCCUGGAGCAGUACCUGAUGGAGGGCAGCUACAACAAGGUGUUCCUAGCCAAGGGCAACAUCCCUGCCGAGAGCUACACCUUCUUCAUCGACAUUCUACUUGACACUAUCCGGGAUGAGAUUGCCGGGUGCAUCGAGAAGGCCUAUGAGAAAAUCCUCUUUGCCGAGGCCACCCGCAUCCUCUUCUUCAACACACCCAAAAAGAUGACAGACUAUGCCAAGAAGCGAGGGUGGGUCCUGGGCCCCAACAACUACUACAGCUUUGCCAGCCAGCAGCAGAAGCCGGAAGACACGACCAUCCCCUCCACGGAGCUGGCCAAACAGGUCAUCGAGUAUGCCCGGCAGCUGGAGAUGAUAGUCUGAGCUCCCCUCCCCUGCAGGAGGUGGGGCAGGGCAUGCAUUAUUUAAAGCAGUUGCAGCACAGGGAUUCCUCCAAUAAAUGUGGAUUGACAUUCUCUCUUCUAGGCCCUUGUCUCCCUUGGGUGGGAUGGUGGGAAAAAAAUGAUCUCACCAUAGGGCUCUCUUAUAUCUGAAGAACUGGAAGUUUGGGGAUCCUCAGGAGUCUGCAAAAGCACCAUCCAUCUGGGUCGAUCUCUAUUCAAGUGGCCAUUCCUCAGGUCUCAAACACAGAGGCCUGCAGGGGCCCCGUGAGAUUGGGGCUGACUGGAGAGCCCAGGCCCAACUCACGGGACUCUUCCAACCAGCUGUGGACACUCGAGAAUGCUGGGCCAGGGCACCAGGCAUUUUCACAGAAGGGAAUGAAAUGUCUUGAUUCUUAAAAUGUUGGCAGCUGAUUAAACCAGUUUUUAAAGCAA